AUGGCCGCCCCGCGGUCGGGCGCACGCGCCGAGCUUGGAGCGUCACCGGCCGCGGCCCCCAGCCUGCUCCUGCUGCUGCUGCUCCUGCCCCCCGCCCAGGCUGCAGCCGCGGCCCACAGACGACCCCAGACCUGUGGCCAUCGUUACAUACAGGGGAAGAUUGUAGGGGGCACGGAUGCCCUGGAGAGGAAGUGGCCAUGGCAGGUCAGUGUGCACUAUAGAGGCUUUCACAUCUGUGGAGGGACCAUCGUCCACGAGUACUGGAUCCUGUCGGCAGCCCACUGCUUCGAUAGGGACAGGAACACUGAAGCAUUUGACAUAUAUGUGGGCCUGGUGGACCUCCGGUUUGCAGGCAGUCACACCCAGUGGUUUGAGGUGAACAAGGUGAUCUUGCACCCUACAUACGAAGUGUACCACCCUGUUGGAGGAGACAUCGCCCUGGUGCAGCUGAAAUCUCGCAUUGUGUUUUCUGAGGCUGUGCUCCCUGUCUGCAUCGCACCCCCAGAUGUGAGCCUUCAUAAUGUCACCUGCUGGUCUACAGGGUGGGGACUCAUCUCCCCACAAGGCCGCAUCCCAGAGAAGCUGCAGGAGACACAGAUGCCUCUGAUCUCGUUGCCCCUGUGCCAACUGGUCUACGGACACCUGUCACACAUUAUGUCGGACAUGCUGUGCGCCGGGGACGUCUGGAACGUGAGGACCGUGUGCGAGGGUGACUCUGGGGGUCCACUCGUCUGUGACUUCAACCAGACCUGGUUGCAGGUUGGAGUAGUGAGCUGGGGCCGUGGUUGCACAUACCCUGUGUAUCCUGCAGUUUAUGCCCGGGUCUCCUAUUUCUCAAAGUGGAUCCAUUAUUACAUAGAGCACACACCCCUGCCUUCUCAGCCGCUCCCCGCCCUCUCCCUCAUGGUGGGGGCCACCGUCAGCGUCCCUGUGACCAUGCUGGCUGUCCUGUCAAUGUUAUGAGGGCUGAGGCCCCCAUCCUGGCCUCCUCACGCUGGAUCUUCUUACUGAAAAUUGGACAGCCACAUGCAGAAGAAUGAAACUCUGCCCCCAUCCAACUCAGCCCCUCAGGUUUUCUCACACCUGAGCAAG